UUAAGAGCUUCCUAACUAGUAGUAUGCAGACCAACAACACACAUGCCGCUAGCACUGUACAUGUUGUUCAAGGGAGUCCACCUACAGGUGGCUCAUCUCCUCCAGUUGACACAGGUUGCCAAAAUCCAAAAUGUAGAGAAUCGUUUAAGAAUUGGGAACUUGCAGAUGAUGAAUCUCUGGAUUUUGAAACCAUGGCUACAGCAGGAUGGUAUUAUAUAGGAGAUGGGCGUGUUAAAUCCUGUUGCUGCGGGAUUGACCGGGAGUGGAAGGUGACAGAUGAUCCCUGGACACAGCAUGCCCUUCAUGGGCCCGAAUGUUCGUUUCUUAAACAACAGAAGGGCCAAGCUUAUAUUGAUAGAGUCAGAGCUGCAAUUUCAACGAAUGAAGGCCGGGAACCAGAGUUGGAACAGUCUGAUAUCCAAAUGAGUCCUCAGGAUGAAGAAUUCAGCAAAUUAGUGGAGGAAAACGAAAGGCUGAGAAAACAAGAGAACUGCUGGGUGUGUGGAGAUGAACCUCGACAGAUCAUGUAUAUACCAUGUGGAGAGCUGGCUUGUUGCAAAGACUGCGACCCUGCACAGCUGAAAUGCCCAAUCUGCAAAGGAACAAUCAAAGGCAAAAUUGUCACAUUUUGGUCAUAAGAGGUCCAGAAAUUUUUGACAUACCUGUCCAUUUUGGGGCAAGGAUUGAUUCUCAUCAUUAGAAGGCUGUACCAGUGUUUAGUCCCCCACUGGUUCUCCGGGGGAGGGGGCGGGGGUAAUAGGUUUGUCCAUCCCUCCGUCUGUCCUUCCGUCUUUCCAUCCUUCCGUCCUUCCAUCAGAGAAGUUUGUCCAGGGACAUAUCUCUAUUGUAUUUCACCUGGAGUAACUAGAUUUGGUGUACAAGGACAUCUUGGGAUGACAGAGUGCAAGAAUAAGGUAACUGUGACCUUAUGACUUGACGUUUGACCCUUACUUUUGAAAACGUUUGUCGGGGCAUAUCUUCUAUACUAUUUCACCUGGAGUAACCAGAUUUUGUGUACAAGGACAUGCCUUCAAUUUUGCUAUGACAUGUUCCAGGUGUGCAGAGAGCAAAAGUGAGCGUAACCCCUGGAUAUCGAGGAUGAUACAACAUGAAAAGAUCUAGAACCUCAACCCAUACCUGACACAUUGGUUAACAUGAAUUAUUAUUCCAAUAAUAUUCUGAUGUCUUUGUUUUCUUUCUCUUUUGCUGUAUACAAGCUUUGAAAUAUGAUUGUGUAAAUAUUAGGUCUCAUUUUUGUUUUUAGCUCACCUGGCCCGAAGGGCCAAGUGAGCUUAUCCCAUGGUGCAGCGUCCGG